UGAGUGACAUUAAUGAAAAUGCAUGCAUUGUAUGGCAUGUUGAACCCUGGUGUGCUGAGCCUAAAGUGUGCCCAGUGCACAUCAAUCCACACCCGACCCUGUGCGAACGGGAGAGUCGAGCCGACAGACUGCAUGGGACUAUAUCAAGGAGCCCAGUUUUGUGUGACUUACUCGGGCACUAUCAGAACAGGUCGUGUUGUGUUCCGCGACUGCAGCUACGUGGACAUGCACAGCAUCUGCAGGAGCCAGCUGAUGGAGAACCAGAAGACGGAAGUCUGCUACGAAACAUGCGACACAGAUGGAUGUAACUCAGUGCCUAACUCAAACCAACCCUUCUGUCCUGCAGGGACAAUCAUCACGUUAUGUGUCAUGCUGGCUUUAAUGGGGCUCAGGUGACAGGACGUAACCUGACAAUAUUCCCGACCAGGUGAUGUGUCUCCUCCUGACAAUACUCCUGUCCAGGUGACGUCUCCUCCUGACAAUGCUCCUGUCCAGGUGACGUCUCCUCCUGACAAUACUCCUGUCCAGGUGACGUCUCCUCCUGACAAUGCUCCUGUCCAGGUGACGUCUCCUCCUGACAAUACCUGUCCAGGUGACGUCUCCUCCUGACAAUACUGUCCAGGUGAUGCGUCUCAUCCUGACAAUGCUCCUGUCCAGGUGACGUCUCCUCCUGGCAAUACUCCGGUCCAGGUGACGUCUCCUCCUGACCAGUUGAUAUAUCUCCUCCUGGAAAUACCCAUGUGUCCAUAUUAAAGGUUCAUUUCGGUGUUACACAUAUACACGUGACAUGUACAGGUGACGUCUCACCGUGGUAUUCCUGAUGUCCAUGUUAACGGUGUCCUGGUGGUAUUACUCACACGCAUGUCACAGGUGUCGUCCUAACAUGACUCAUGUUCACCGCUGGGUAUCUCAUCCCAUUACACUGACAACAGGUGUCAUCUUAGAUUUUUCGCAAACAGCAUUUCAACAAGGAGUCUAUGUUGAUACAAUCUACAAGGAUUGUAAUGUAUUGUGCGGGAAGACGCGGCUUAACCUAACGUGACCUGGAACCUGAUUACAUUGAUACUGAGCGUGGUCAACUGAUAAAACUGUUCCUUUCACUGACCUGGGCCCAGAUUUUCGAAGCUCUCUUAGCGCUAAGAUAGUUGUAAGUGCCA